AUGUUCGUGGGUGUCACCAACACUGUUACAGACCGAGGGAAAACUCUUGAAACAUUGCUCAAGAAGCAUCCAGGCGUGUUCCGAGAUGGUCUAGGGAGGUGCACUAAGACGAAGGUUCAUCUUCAGUUCAAGCCGGACAGUCACCCCAAGUUCUUCAAGGCACUGCCUAUACCCUUCGCCAUCCGUACUGCCGUCGAGCGAGAUUCGGAGCGUAAAGUCAAUAAUGGAGUUCUGUCGCCCGUUGAAGCUUCUCCUUGGGCUACACCCAUCGUCGUCGCACCCAAACCAAAUGUCGCUGUACGCGUUUGCGGAGAUUUCAGCGUGACAGUGAAUCCCCAGCUGGACAUCGCUCAAUAUCCUCUUCCUCGUCCAGAGGAGUUGUUUCCCAAGCAAAAUGGAGGCGUUAUUUUCUCAAAGCUUGAUCUCUCCGAAGCUUACCUGCAGAUGGAGCUAGACGAUGAUGCAAAGAAGGUGCUCGUCAUCAACACGCACAAUGGUCUAUUCCAGUUCCAUAGGAUGCCUUUUGGUAUAGCAUCGGCACCCGCUAUUUUCCAAAGAGUAAUGGAGCAAGUGACAGCUGGGUUGGACUACGUAGCAUGUUAUUUGGACGACAUCAUCGUGAUCGGCACUACGUUUGAACAUCAUCUGUCCAACCUCGAGAAAGUGUUCCAGCGCCUCAGUGACUUUGGUUUCACACUAAAGAAAGAAAAGUGCGCGUUUUUCGAGACCGAGGUCGUGUACUUAGGACAGAUCGUCUCGAAGGAUGGUUUUCGACCCUCACCGAAAAAGAUUUCUGCCAUACUGGAUAUGCCCGAACCAACUAACGUGUCAGAACUGCGAGCAUUGUUGGGCAUGAUUCAGCAUUACAACCGGUACAUACCUGGGCUCGCAGAUAUCUGUACUCCGUUUCACGAGCUUCUCCGGAAGGAUACUCGCUGGAAAUGGUCACCUGAAUGUGUCGAAGCCUUGGAGAUCGUUAAACGUAAACUUUCUGCGCCUGAGUCACUCGCCCACUACGACACAUCGAAGCCACUGUUUCUCGCAACUGACGCAUCGCCGGAGGGACUGGGAGCAGUCAUUUUUCACAACAUUGAUGGAAAGGAGCGCCCGAUUGCACGCGCUUCGAAGACACUCUCGAUCCCCUACCGAGAAGAAAUACGCUCAGAUUGA